AUGGAGGCUCUUAUUCCAACUCCCGCUGACUGUGAAGUGCGGUCAGUGAUAAGGUUUUUGAAUGCAAAGAGCAUAGCGCCGAUCGAAAUUCAUCGUCAGCUGUGCCGGGUCUAUGGGCCUAACGUCAUGAGCAAGCAGAUGGUGCAUCGCUGGUGCAGACAAUUUUCAGCAGGUCGACAAAUUGUGCAUGAUGAGAAGUGCAGUGGGUGGCCAUCCAUCAUUACAGACAACCUGGUGGAGCUUGUGUGGGAACGUAUUAUGGAGAAUCGUCGUGUCACAAUUGCGGAACUCAGCAGUCAUGUCCCGCAGAUUUCCUGCUCCCUGUUGCACGAAAUUGUCACGGAGCACCUGUUGUUCAGGAUAUUGUGUGCCAGGUGGGUGCUGAAGCAACUGACACCAGAACACAAAAGAAAGCGCAUGGAGUCAGCAUUGACCUUUCUGCAGCGGUACCAUGAUGACGGCGACGAGUUUCUGUACCGGAUCAUCACAGGUGUUACCUAG